CAUGAACGCGGACGAAUUUAAGAAAUCCAUGACGGAAAUGAAUGGCGCAGUGAACGCCAUUCUGUCACAACUGAGAAGGUUGGAAGAACGGCUCAAAAGUGUGGAGUCGAAGACCAACGAUGAGUCCUUACAAGGACUCAUCCUGAAGAAAAUCGACGAAGUGGUGGACCGCACCAAUUACGUAGCGAAGGAAACCGAAUCAAUAGAGCUCGAACAAAGCGCACUUCACAACAUCCUGCUAGUUCGAGACGAGAUUAAUGAGAUAGUGCGGGCAUGCCAACUAGCAAAACACGGAAUUGUCAAUACCAAUUUACUCGACACAGGCGAAGUCAACCAGAUCUUAUCAGAAAUAGAAACUCUUCCAUAUCAAAAUGUCAUCGAAGCAAUCGAAUAUGGCGAACCAUCUGUACUUACAAACGGGACACUACUCAUCUACGUCCUCUCAAUGCCCAAAGUUACGGCUAGCAAAUAUAAUCUCCUCAUUACUCGCGCCGGAAUCUACGAAGGCAAACAGCUUGACCUACAAUUCGACAGGAUGCUCGUCAAUCAGAAAGAAACAUACGGAUUGACGAAGGAUUGUUUAAUGAUCAGCUCAACCACAGUAUGUAAAGCAGAAUCCUUGAUCAAAUUGGAGGAGAGCGACUGCUUACCACGAUUGCUAAAAGGAGGAGAAGCUAGUUGCCAAUUCAAGAGGCGAAAUGACACACAUAUAGAAUUGAUAAACGAGAACACCAUUUUCAUCUCCAACUACCAAGGCAAAAUCAGGAGCAAUAAUGGUUCAGAGAAGCCAUUUCAAUCCUUGCAAUACUAUUCAUUGCCGGCCUGCUGUGGAGAUGCUACACCGAAAGACUAGAUCUGCCACCGGUCCAGAUUCCUUCACAUUGGACAGGAAAUGUCAGCGUUAACAAAAUCAUCAAAGGAAAAUCCGCACCCGAACUAUAUUGCGUAGAUAAUAGCCUACCAGUUACAGCGAUCAGGACCAACAUAACAUCGGAAAGCCAAAAUAACUCACUGCAAAAUUUUACCCCCUCACGAUUUUCAACUUUCAAUCUACGGGACGUAGAUCUUUAAAGGGGGAGGAGUUAUCUUACCUGUAAUACCAAUACCGAUCAAUGGCGCACCCUUUACUCACGUUGC